AUGGAAGAGCCGGAUUCGAGAUCCGGAAUUUGGCUUUCGAAUAAGACAGAAGUAGUUAACCAAAUUGGGAACGGAUCGGGAGAAUCAGUGAGAACAUUUACCCUGGAUAAGAGUAAUGGAUGCGAGCGCGUGUUGGGAAUAUCCUGGAUUCCCGACGAAGAUGUCUUCAGGUUUUCAUUGGUACUAUGCGAUGAGUUACGGGGCCUACUCGAAGAAAAGAUAGUUCCAACGAAACGUCAGAUCCUCCGAGUGGUUAUGAGCGUGUUCGACCCUCUGGGGUUGAUAACGAUGCUAGUGAUCCACGGGAAAAUAAUCAUCCAAGAAGUCUGGAAAAGUGGUACUGGAUGGGACGACGCCAUUUCUGCAACCAACUUCGUUCGAUGGCAGCGGUGGACGACAGCUUUGUCUCAUCUAAAAGAAAUAACUAUCCCGCGUUGCUACUUCCCGGGAUAUUGUCCUAAUAGUUUGGACACCAUAGAACUCCAUAUCUUUGUGGACGCCAGCGAGGAGGCUUUCGCUUGUGUUGGGUAUUUCCGGGUAAUUGAUCGAGAUCAAGUACGGUGUGCCCUAGUUUCGUCGAAGAGUAAAGUUGCUCCAGUAAAAGCUCUAUCGAUUCCACGACUUGAGCUGCAAGCGGCAGUGAUCGGAACGCGUUUAGCGAAAUCGAUAGCUGAAAAUCACGAUCUACCGAUUUUUCGACGAGUGUUCUGGACGGACUCCACUACCGUCUUAUCGUGGAUACGCUCGGAUCACCGCCGUUACAAGCCUUACGUGGCAUUCAGAAUAAGUGAAAUCCUCAGUGAAUCCACCGUUGCUGAAUGGAGGUGGGUUCCUACUGGGAAGAAUGUCGCGGACGAAGCGACAAAAUGGAAGAAGGAGGCAGUAUACGACGAAGCUUCACGCUGGUUCACAGCCCCAGAGUUCCUGUACGAGGAAGAAGAUCGAUGGCCGCAGCAGAGACUACAGGAAAUAGAGACUUGCGAGGAACUAAGAAUGGUUCAUCUCCAUCAUGCAACUGUGGUUUCGCCAUUUAUUCAAUUUGAACGCUUCUCAAAAUUUGAACGACUUAUAAGAGCUCUGGCAUAUGUUUAUUUGUUCGGAGACCGCAGUCGGCGAAGAAAAGAUUCGAAGGAGUUAACUCGUGAGUAUCUACAGCUGGCGGAGGCAAGAAUCUAUCAAGCGGUGCAGGAAGCAUCAUAUCCCGACGAAGCGGCCACAUUAAAGAAGAAGCAAACGCCGGAUUGGAAUCCAAGGAUCGACAAGACCAGUAUACUGUACCAGCUGUCACCGUUCUUGGAUGAACUGGGUGUUAUACGGAUGGAGAGUCGGAUGACAUAUUUAUAUGUGCCGUACGAAACGAGGUAUCCGGUGAUUCUGCCGAGAUAUCAUCGUGUGACGUGUCUGAUGAUCGACUACUAUCACCGCAGAUAUGGACACAGUAGCAACGAAUCAGUAGUGAACGAGAUCCGCCAAAAAUACCGUGUAUCUAGACUCCGGGCACCAGUUCGUCAGAUAUCCAAGAACUGUGUCUGGUGCCGUGUUUACAAGAGUAGACCCAAAACGCCGAAAAUGUCUCCGCUACCGUCAGCAAGAUUGUCGCCGCAUGUGCGUGCUUUCACUUUCGUUGGCCUCGAUUAUUGUGGCCCGUUCCUGAUCAAGGUCAACCGAUCAAGUGUUAAGCGAUGGAUCGCUCUUUUCUGCUGCCUAACAGUCAGAGGUGUCCAUCUGGAAGUUGUACACACUCUGACAACAGAGUCGUGCAAACUGGCUAUUCGCCGAUUUAUUUCCUGCAGAGGUUCCCCACAGGAAAUAUACAGCGAUCAAGGAACUAAUUUUGUGGGGGCAAGGAGAGAAUUGGCCGAAUCGCUGCGAAACGUGAAUCAAGAGUUGUCAGAGACGUUCACCAACACUCGUACUCAAUGGCACCUGAAUCCACCAGCGGCGCCACAUAUGGGCGGAGCCUGGGAGCGUCUCGUCAGAACCGUCAAGGACGCAUUGGCAGCUCUGAAACUUCCGAAUAAGCCGAAUGAAGAGACAUUCGCCACAUUUGUAGCUGAAGCAGCAUCAAUGGUGAACUCAAGGCCGUUAACUUAUGUGCCAUUGGAGGACGAUUGCCAGGAGUCUCUUACUCCAAACCACUUCAUCCUGCUUAGUUCAUCCGGAGUUGUGCAGCCUACAAAGACGCCGACGAACGAACGUGAUACUUUGCGCAGUAACUGGAACCAGAUUCAAAGCCUGUUGGAUCAAUUCUGGUCUCGCUGGAUCCGCGAGUACCUACCGGUGAUUGCGCUAAGAGGAAAGUGGAUAGAAGACGUUGAGCCAAUUAAGGUGGGGGAUCUGGUGGUUAUAGUAGAGGAGACAGUCAGGAACAGCUGGACUAGAGGGCGGGUUGAGCGAGUGUACCAAGGUAAAGAUGGGCGGAUCCGCAAAGCAGAUGUUUUGACCAACAACGGAGUCUUCCAGAGGCCCGUUACGAAGUUGGUGGUGCUCGAUCUCGCAGACCGUGGUAUAGCUGGAUCAGAACACCAGCAAUACGGGGCGGGGGAUGUUGCGAGCGAACCCCGUUGGGUCGAUGAGGCAGGCGAAAUGUCGAAACUAGGUGACAUGACUGACAGUGCGAACCGAAUUAAAAUAGACAAACAAUCAGACAUACAAAACACAAGCUAA